GCUGCAGAAAAGGGCGCGGCCAAAGCUCAAAGUGCAGCCAAGGAGGUGAGCCCAUCUGUGCCUGCGACCACCACUGCCCAGGACCUGGGGCCAGAAAAAGGCGAGGCUGCUGAGGCCACCAGCGUGGCACACACUGCGCAGAUGCAGGAGCAGCUAGAAGCUUGGCAAGCCGAGCGGGAGAGGCUCAUCCGCGAAAACCGCGGUUUAAAGGCUGAGAAGGAGAACUUGAUUCUUGAGGGCACAAAGAUGUCCCGUCGGGUGCAAGCGGUGGAAGAGCGCAUGAAGGCCAUGUCUGUGGAAGCUCGGCGGUCUGAGUCCCAGCUGGUCGACGCCGAGCGCACGCAGCAGGGGCUCCAGAGUCAGCUUUCUCGCGCCACCGCGCGAGUUGAAAAGGCUGAAGCGCAGAGCUCCGAACUCCGCGCCGAAACGCGGCGCCUGACAUCUGAGUUGGACAAGGCCAAGCAGCAGAUACAAGGUGAGAAGCGUCAGAUGCAGGCGGACCAGCAAGCCCUUCAAAUGAAGAGCCGUGAAAAUUCGGAGAAGGAGCGAAGGAUGGAGGAGCGCGUGCAGCAACUCAUGCACGAGAGGGACGAGCUCAGAGCAACGAGCGCCUCCUUGUCCGUGGAGCUACAGCAGGCCUUGGCAGCUGUGGAUUCGCUGGAGCGGCGUUCCCAUCAGCAGAUGCAGGAUAUGGAGCAGCUUCAAGAGAGGCACAGGCAGCAGAUCGAGGCGGCAGAGUACGAGUUUGUCAACGAGAGCAUGCCUUACCAGCAGCGCCUCGGGGAGCUCGAAGCACAGCUCGCACAUCAAGAGCAGAAGUUCCUCGAGCGUGAAGCUGUUGCUUACCGAGAGCGUGACAAGGAGCGCGCUGAGUUGGAGGUGGCCAAGGAGGAGCUGCGGCAGCGAGAGCUGCUCCAG